AUGACUGAAACAACAGGUUACUUGGGCAGUGAGCUUGUCCAUGUUAAAAACCCACACCUGGACUCGGUGGAGGAGGAUGUUCUGUAACACUUGGACUUGGGAACAAAGACACACAACCUGCCAGCAAUGUCUGGGGACAUGAAGCAUGGGAUGGGCAUCCCUUCCAUUUCCAUCAUGCUCCAUGAGCUGAUCAAAGUGCUGCGCCACGCAAAAUGCCAGAACAUAACUAUUAUACGCAUCGGUACCUCUGGAGGCUUAGGGAAGAGAUUCAGGGUCUUCCCCCAGAGCAAAACAGCUAUCGUCCCCUUUGAGCAGCUGGUGCUGGAUGACGUGGUGAGGAGCACGGAGCUGGACAAGGACCUCUCUGAGGAACUCCUCACCUGCAGCAGGGAGAGUCCUGACUUCCCCACACUCAUCAGCCAUACCAUGUGCACCUACGACUUCUACGAAGGUAAAAACCGCCUUUGUGGAAUGUGGUGCAGCACUGCAGCAGAAAGGCUUGAGGUGGUUCUGAGUGGCAGCACACAGAGCACUGAGCACACUGACACAACCAAAGGGAAGUUAUCCAAGGUUUGCACAUUGUGA